AUGGGCUCAUGCUGUGGAAGAGAUUUCAAAAAUAUUGAUAUUCCAAUUCGAAGAAAGGAUAAAUUCAAGACAGGCCUAUUUAUAGAUGCUGAAACACGAAUUCAAAUACAAAAAAGGAAAAUUUACGAAACAAAAGCUGCUUGUGCGCCAAUGCUGAAUAUAAACGCUAGCAAGUUAUAUAAAAAAAGAGUGGCUAAAUCGCAGAUUAAAAAGCAGAAUUUGUAUCAAAAUGAUGCAAAUUCUACUAUAGACAGUACACUAUCAAUUUCAAGUUAA